GACGCCCCUCAAAAGGGACGCUACCAUCAGAAACCGAAGGAAGACGCGAAGACAAAAACGAGAUAAAAAACGGGGAACCGUUGUAAUCGGUAAUUUUCGGAAAGUAAACGAAAGAAGCUCACGAACAUGGCAGUGGAAGUCAACGAGAAGGACCUGAAAGCUGCCGGCGCCGAGCUGUUGACUGAUGACGGUCGCCGUGGACUGCGUAUCCAUGGCUGGGAGAUCUUUUCCAGCAAGGGCUCCAUUCUCAACUCCUCCACUCUUCUACAAUGGGAACAAAAGCUUCAGACAUCUCACUUACCAGAGAUGGUUUUUGGGGACAGUUCUUUAGUUCUUAAACAUGAGAAUAGUGGCACCAAAAUCUAUUUCAAUGCAUUUGAUGCCCUUACUGGCUGGAAGCAGGAAGCUUUGCCACCAGUAGAAGUUCCUGCGGCUGAAAAAUGGAAAUUCAGAAGCAAACCGUCCCAGCAGGUGAUACUAGAUUAUGACUAUACAUUCACUACACCAUAUUGUGGAAGUGAAACAAUCGAGGUAGACUCAAAGAAGAAUGAAAGUGGGGAAAUCUUGGAGACAAGCUCAAGCCUCUGUUGGGGGGACUGCAAGGAGCAAAUUGAUGUGGUUUCCCUGUCGUCAAAAGAGCCUAUUCUUUUCUAUGAUGAGGUAGUCUUGUAUGAAGAUGAGCUUGCUGAUAAUGGAGUGUCCCUUUUAACUGUGAAAGUGAGAGUCAUGCCCAGUUGUUGGUUUCUUCUUUUGCGAUUCUGGCUUAGAGUUGACGGAGUCUUGAUGAGAUUAAGGGACACUCGCAUGCAUUGCACUUUUGGUGAUUGCACUGACCCUGUCAUUCUUCGAGAAAGCUGCUGGAGAGAAGCCACCUUUCAGUCUAUCUCUGCUAAAGGUUAUCCUUCUGAUUCUGCAGCAUAUAGUGAUCCAAGCAUCAUCAGCCAGAGGCUUCCUGUGAUCAUGCAUAAGACACAAAAGCUCCAAGUCCAUGGUCAUUUGUAAAGCUGAAGGUAAUCUUGAUGCAAAAUGAUCUAUAUUGUUACCAAGUUGUGGUCAUAUAGAUUCAGUUCUUUCAGGUGGAUUACAUUUGUACAUGCUUUUUUUCCCCCAUGUUAAUUCAGUAAGCUGUUUUGCUGAAUUCAUUUGUGGAGAGAAAAAUUGACAAAAGUGAUUGUGCAAACUAAGAAUUAAACUAAAAUGCCUUACUUUUAUGUUUAUAUUUA